ACUUGCAAUUCAAAUUCUCCAUUUGUGGAAAAACCCGAAGGCUUAACUCUCAACUCCCAACUGCUCCGUUUUCGUCAACAAUCACUCUGUGUUGGCGAGGGUUCCUUCAGCUGCUGCAUCUGAAGCUUUUUCUUCAGAUCCGUCUUCGUUUUUGAGAUUGCUUAGUUCGUUUUGAAACAUAUAGCUGAGCUUUAGUACUACUCGUGGCCUUCAUUUCUAGAGAGUACUUUGAAAGUGUCCAGAGAGACCGGGAAACAGAGGGUGAGCGAGAGAGAGAAGCUUUUUCCGGAUACAUAUGAUGACGAAGGAGAAAGAAGAAGAGCUCGCACUGUUCGUUGACAUGGACCGGAAGAAUAAUCUACUCCUCCCUCACAACUCUUUAGAGUCAAUUCCACCGCCCCGCAAGGUCCGUGCCGAUGAAUUCUGGAACUUGGAAAAUGACAAAUCUGAUCAUGACGGGCUUAUACCGCUGGAAACCUCACUUUUUCCUUCUUUGGAGAAGGAUUCAAAGAAAACUGUAUUGAGUCAGAUUGAGAUUCCUAAUACUCUUCCCACUGCUCAGAAAUCUAGGCUGACUAAGAUCCCAGCAGAAGCUGCUUCAAGGAGCAUUAUGCCGCCAAAGCAGCCAAAUUUACCAUCUGGACAAAAUUCUUUAGACAAUGAUAAUGAAAAGCCUUCAUUAUCCAGUGCUUGACUGCUCCUAGACCCGCAACACCAACGGGACGGCCCACAUUACCCUCUGCAACAAAACCCUCAAGAUCCUCCACACCUACUUCACGAGUCACCUUUGGUUCCACUAAGAAUGUGGCUCCGAA